UGAUCAUUUCUAUAUGCACAUUCAAAGGCUUAAAUGGAGUUGAAAUAACAACAAGAUGAACUCAGACAUUUCAUGGGUUGCUUUUACUUGUUAAUGUAAUAAGAUUCCAACCUAUUUUUGUCCACGCAGUAUCUCAUUUUGAUGGAUCCAUUGAUUAACUAAACUAAGAUUUCGGUGAAUUUUGAUUAUAUAACUAUAGAUGAAUUAAGAAGAUCAAAUUACAUAAACCUUUGAUUUACUUUGAUGCUCAUUAAUCUGUAUUUUAGAGGCAAAAAAGUAAUUUGACAAUGCCAUCUAUUGAUUGUUCAUUUGUCUAGAAGUAAAAUUAAGCGAAGCCUGGCUUCGCUUAUGCUUUUGCAAGCGCCAUCUUUAAUCUGAAAUAAAAUUUUUGUCUUCCAUUGCCUUUAAACCUAUUGUCAACUUGAUCAUUUCACCCAAAGAAUAAGAUUUUUUUUUGUUAAUAUAAUGUACACGUAAAAUUUAUCAACUAAGCGAGGCCUUAAUGAUCAAUAUUUCCAAUCUGCUAUUUAACAUCCUCACCAACUUGGAGAGUAUAAUGAUCCACCAAACAUGGUUGAGACUGUGAAUAGUAAAUAUUUUUGCCCUCGACUGGUUGAUUACAUUGUUAUUGUUGGUGUAAAAAAUCCUUCUAGCCAUAAUUCAGUUAAUGUACCUGAACUACUUCGAAGAUAUCCAAUAGAAGACCAUAAAGAUUUUGCUUUACCACUUGACGUCGUCUUCUUCUGUCAACCUGAAGGUUGCAGUACCGUUGGUCACCGACGCCUUAACCUUCGUGAAACCAAUUCAUUUGUUUUUGCCCUUACCGAAAAAGAUACCAAUCGGGUUCGUUAUGGAAAUUGUAUCAACUUCUACCGAACAAUCGAAGCAAAGAAGGUUGGUAAAAGUGAACACCGGUUAUCAAGCAAAGACAGAGAUAACCUGGCAAGUGGUACGGGCCAAAACCCUGGUUAUGGAAAAUCAGACGAGGGUGAAGACGAUGAAGACCAGGAAACAGGUCAUGAGAAGGAAAGGAGAACCAGUGAGGGCGGUGAAAGUAAACGAGAUAAGGGUAUUUCAGGUGUUACUGGAAGGAGUGAAAAUCAAGGCGAAGAUGGAACCAAAGAAUCUGAGAAAUCGAUUAAAGCUCGGAAAAGACGUAAAAGUCAAUCAUCGUACAUCAACUCAUUAACCUCCAUCUGUAUCAUAAGCCAUCAUCCAUUUUUCUCGACCUUCAGGGAUUGCCUUUUCAUCAUUAAAAAAUCAAUUGAAUAUUGUAAUGAAAGGCAUUCCAAACAGCGAACCUCCUCAAAGUAUUUAAAAAGAGACUGGGUUUGGAAUCUUUUGACCUGUGGUUUACCUGAUAAUGUUGAAAUACCUUCAGCCAUGAUCAACGAUCUUAAGGACAUUGAAACACUUUUACUUCGCUUUCUAUCAGCACCUGUACCUGUUCCUGGUAAAACCAAAGUAGAGAUGGAGUUUUUACCCCGAGAUUUCAUCAACCCUUUGGUUUUGGCACUUCCUGAUCACACUCGAUUUUCUUUGGUCGAUUUUCCGUUGCAUUUACCUUUAGAACUGUUGGGAGUGGAAACUUGUUUAAAAGUAUUAACCUGCAUUUUAUUGGAGCACAAAAUUAUUUUACAAUCUCGUGAUUAUAAUGCCUUGUCCAUGAGUGUAAUGGCUUUUGUUACUAUGAUUUAUCCGCUUGAAUACAUGUUUCCUGUGAUACCUCUUUUACCAACUUGUAUGAAAUCUGCUGAACAGUUACUUCUUGCUCCAACUCCAUACAUAAUCGGUAUUCCAGCGAGUUUUUUAAUGUUCAAACGUAACUUUCGUUUGCCCAAUGAUGUUUGGUUAGUUGAUCUAGAUUCAAACAGAGUGCUUAAACCUCCUGCAGCCGAUGAUCUUCCUCCUCUACCCGAACCAGAAACAAGUAUAUUGGCAAAUCACUUGAAACAAGCUUUACACUCAAUGAGUAUGAGUCCACAACCCUUGAAAAAUUUAGAUCGCCGUCACCCUGAAAGUAUGAAUGUCUCUGAAAGGCUCAGUUUCUCUUCUCCAUCUUCAUCGCCCUCAUCCCAACGAAUCAUAUUUGGAAAUGAUGUCGAUUCAGUUGAUGUUGCCACUCGAGUGGCCAUGAUUCGUUUCUUUAAUUCAUCUUCAUUGUUGGCAAAUUUCACUGAACACACACGAACCAUUAAACUUUACCCAAGACCAGUUGUUGCCUUUCAAAUUAACUCUUUCCUGCAAUCUCGACCUAAAACAUCAGUCUUCCUACAAAAAUUUGUUAGAACACAGGCGGUUGAAUAUUUUGCUGAAUGGGCUUUAAGUCCAAGCAAUGUUGCCUUCUUGAGGGUACAUACAGGAGUCUUUGAUCCAUCAAUUGUUGGCGAUAAGGCCAAGUGGUAUAGUCAUCAAUUGGAUCCAAUUGUUUUCAAAUGUUGGUCUGAUCCUAAAACACCACUUUUCUAUGCGUUCCGACGAGACUCGCUGACAAAAGGAAGAGAAACGACUAGUCAAUUAACUCAGGGUACUUCAGAUGAUAGUUCAACUGAAUCUGAUGGAAGUACAAGUUCAUCUUAUUCAUCUCUCAGUGAUUUUGUCACUGAACUUGUUAAUAGCGAUAUUGAUGGAAAUAGAUCAGGCCAUGUUAUUGAUUCCACUUCUAGUCAACUUUUUUGUGACGUUAAAGCUGUUUGUCACCCACCAUCAACCCUUCAACUCCCAAGUUCCCGUAGAUCCACACCUACUCAUGAAAUUAAUAGAAGCAAUCGACGAGAGGAAGAGGAAAGUGGUCGAAGUGGUCGAAGGUCAAUUUCUUCAUCUCCUGGACGCUCCUCUUCAUCGACAAGUAGUCAAUCAAUUGAUGAAGAUGAUGACGAGAAUGCUGUUGAUGAUGAUGAUGAGGCAAAGUCUAUUGAGUUUACUGAGGAAAGUGAAGGUAGAACCACUUUACGGUCAACUCCGACAACAUUGACUCCUUCAUCUACGAGUAAAUUGAAUUUAUCACCUCAAGAGCCUCAACUAGCGCAAUCUUCUGUAUCAUCUUCUUCAUCUCUCUCAUCUCAACCUCAUCAUAAAUCAUCUUCACGAAGUCCAAUUGAAUUGGAAGGUUUGGAGAACAACAAAGUAACUGAGAUGACAAGUUCAACAACCUCAGGUAUUCAGUCCGGUGCAAUGUCUACCACCACUGGGUCAAGUCAAAGUCGAAGUGGUACACCACAACAUCACAAGAUUGCCUUAGCUGAUCAUCGUCCUCUCUCAGCUGAACCCUCAUUAGAGAAAAGUAGUAACUCUGCUAGCUCAUCACCCACUCUAAGUCGAACCAUAAGCAUAUCCAGUGUUUUCAGUAGAACGGGGCCUUUAGCAAAUACCAUUCCUAGCGGUACAAGUGCAUCUCAAAGUCUUUCAAGCUCAACUUCUCCUUCGUCCUUUCUUGAUAAAUUUAAAUCGGAAGCUAAAGAGGUAGCCAGGGAGGCGAAAGCUGCAGCUGUUGGAGCAAGUAAAAGUGCUCUUGAAGCUACCAAGAAAGAGGUUGGGCGUAAAAAGUUGCUCAAAAAUCUUCAGGCUCUGGGUGAACCAAUGAAAGAGCAAGCUAAAGAUUUGUGGAGAAAUAGUCAAGAUCGAGAUGAGACUCAUUCCACUCACGGGAGAAGUUCAGAUUCUACUUCAUCAUUAUCUCUCAUUUCAAGUGUCAGUAAUGAUUUUAAUGGAUUUGCUGAUAAAACGUCCAAUAUGUUAUCAGGUCUUUUUGGGUCCAAGGCUAGUGGUUUAGCUGAGAAAAUGAGUGAAAAGGCUCAACGUUUUGGUCCAUUCCCUAAAGGUCGUAAAGGUCUAGUUGAACGAACGUCCCUAAUUAAACAUAGCAAUAAUACGAAUAGACAAAGACGACCUUCUGAUAUUUUAUCAAAGUCAGGUGAAUCACGGUCAUCUCACAGUGAGAAUCAACAAUUUUUGAAAGAAGUGGUUAACUCGGUGUUAGAAGGAGAAGGAGUUUCCUGGUUGAAAUUAAAUCGAAUCAAAAAGUUAAUGGAAGAAGAGAGUUAUCGCAAUCUCGUAGUUUCUGGAUUGAAUAAGACACUUGAAAGAAAGGUUGGUCCAGAUGAUCACAUUGAAGACGUUUGUUUGAGUAAACCAGUUUGGAAGGGAAUGCUCAAAUUAAUAGGAGCCAUGAUUCAUGGAUUGGAACAGUCUUAUAUGCACAAUGGACUGGGAGGAAUGGCGAGCGCUUUUAGCGUUCUUGAAAUUGCUCAUACCCAUUAUUGGGCAAAAGAUUCUGGAGAAGAUGGGAAUAAAGGAGAAUCCAGUGUUGCCACAACAGCGUCCGUGAGUCAAAGUAGUUCACCAUUUGGCAGUAGCGAUAACCUCAACAAACUUGGUGGCAGUGGAGCGGGAAUGGGUGAUUUACCAACACCAACUUCAGACAUAAGCGCAUCGGUUAAAACAUUACCAAUUACGUCAACUAAUUUAGCAUUAACUCCAUCACCAGAAGCAUCAGAAAGUGAUGAAUCAAGUACUUUGGCUCAAUCUCAUCAACAACAACAAGUUUCAAGUAAAGGUCUUCCUUUAUCAAGAUUAACCAGCAUCGAGUCUGAAGUUUCUGAGGCGGGGACAGAAACAGUUGCGACAAGUUGUAAUGCCAGUGAAUCAGGUUCAAUGACAGUCAAUCCAACUUAUUACAUUGGUCAAAGAUUAAACCAAUCACUUUGUAGAUCAACAUACUCUGAUAGUGAAUUAGAUACGGAUCUUGGAAGGCAAUCUCGUGCUCCAAGUAUUUGGAGCAGUAAAAGUAGUGUUAGUACUGGUUUCCGAUAUCAUGGAGGUAAUCUCAUUGGCUCAACCGUUCCUACCUCUGAACCACCUCGAACUUAUCUGUUUCAAGGUUUGUUGGGAAAAGAUAGGUCACCUUUAUGGGAUAAGAUGCAAUUUUGGGAGGAUGCUUUUCUGGAUGCAGUUUCACAGGAAAGAGAAUCUGUUGGAAUGGAUCAAGGUCCAGGAGAAAUGAUGGAUAGGUAUAGAUCUUUAUCUGACAUUGACAAGAAACGUUUGGAACAUGAAGAGGAUCGAUUACUGUCCACCUUACUUUACAAUAUGACGGCCUUCAUGAUCAUGGUGAAUGCUGAUGUAACUGAGAUUAAGCGUAAAGUUCGUCGUUUACUUGGUAAAUGUCAUAUUGGUGUUAUCUAUUCAGAUGAGGUGAAUAGUUUACUUGAACAGAUAGAAAACCUUCAUGGAAAUGAUGUUGAUUUAAAACCUUUGGCCAGCCGUCAAAUGCAUCGUCAAACCUUUACAAUUCACAUGGGAACAGAUACAUCUGGUGACAUGUUGUUCAUGGAGGUACGUGAUGAUGGUCUCAUAUUGAGAAGCAUAAACGGAACCAUAGUGGAACGCUGGUGGUACGAGAGACUGGUCAACAUGACUUAUUCCCCUAAGAACAAAGUUCUGUGCCUUUGGCGGAGAAACGGGGGAAUGACCCAAUUACACAAAUAUCAUACCAAAAAAUGCAAAGAGCUUUACUAUUGUAUAAAAAAUGCAAUGGAAAGAGCCGCAGCAAAAGGAGCUGGUGCCUUACCUGGAACGGAGCUCGGUGGUGAGUUUCCGGUUCAGGAUAUGAAAUCAGGCGAGGGAGGCUUGCUGCAAGUGUGUAUGGAGGGAGUUGGACUCCUCUUUGCCUAUAGCAAGGACUUUGAGUUUUUCGUGCGUCUGGAAAACAUUCGCAAGUGCUUUACUCAAAAAGGAGGAAUUUUCGUCCUCGAGGAAUACAAUCCCAAAACUAGGCAAAUUAUUCAGCGAAAAUAUCGAUCUCAGAUGGCUGACCAAAUAUGUUAUGCUGUUCUCUGUGUUUUUUCAUACAUUGCUGCUGGAUUGGAACAGAAAAAAUCUCAACAUUCGUCUCAGCAUCAUGGUACUCCUGGGCAGCAACAAUCAGGUUACCAACAGUCACAACAUCAACAUUAUCAACAACAACACCAUGGGAUUGGAGUUCGUCCGAGUCUACCUAUCGAUCCUAAAGAUCCUUUAGGUCGAGGAAGACGGCCAACUGGUCCUCAAAAACGAUGAUUAGAUAGAAUCUAUACAUAUUAAAUAAUACAACCUUGGGAAUUGAGUUUAUCAUCUUCUGUUACUAAAUAUUCAUCUUGAUACGUAAUUGCCGAAAAAUAUUAUCACCUCUUGAGUUUCAUUCCUUAAAUCAAUAUUGCGAGAAAAUUAUGUAUUUUAAUUCUAAAUGUUAAAGUUAUCAAAAGAAUCCACCAAUAGUAAUCAAUAGGUAAUCAAAUAGUAAGCAAUGAUUGAGAUGAAUAUUUAGAACUUGAUUUUCAUUGUUGUAUUUUUUAUUUAACUAAUUUAUUUAUUACUGUUUGUCUGAUUGUGCUAAACAAAAAAUAUGUUUGAUGGCAAUCUUAUUCCUUUCCUGUCAACAAAAUCUAAUCUUUUUCUUGAAAUUUUCAAGUAAAGCAACAUAGAGAAUGUUGUUCAGGUUAGAUGGCUUUUGUGUAGGUUGAUAGAAAUAUUUUUCAAAUGAUGACAGGUAAAUUUUGUGAAAUUUCAACAAGAAUUGAAGGAACAGUUAUGGUUUUGAGUGAAAGUGAUUGUAGAUUAAACUAUACUUAUGCAAGCUUCUGAUGACUUGAAUUAUAACUUCCCAUCAAUAAGAAUAGAUUUCCAUCAAAGGUUCAAUUGACUGUAUCAUUUUGCCCGAUUUGAUGAUUCAAUUGUUUAUCACAAAAUGAAAUCAAUUGCAAAUGAUCGAAACCCGAAACAAGUGAAGAGCAAUAAGGUUAUAAAACCGUAAAAACUGUUUUUAAAAUAAACUAUGCAUAACUUUUGUCUCAGCUGCAAAAUUCCCUAACCCCUAAACUCAGGUCUUACCAUGGACUUGAAAUUAUUGAACCACAAAAAUUAUUGAAAUAAUAAAUUAAUAUACGAAAAUAAUCUUUAACCGGCCUCUACAUAAUCAAAAUAAAACAAUAGAAAUGUGAAUCAA